CAACGUGCUUUGUCCUUACUCUAAUACAGUUGCAUUAAAUAGCUAAAUCUUGCAGCUACUCUUAAGAUAUCCGAAUUAGCUAAUUUGGCAGCAAUUUUUACGCCCAAAUUAGCUAGUUUUCUGCUGAUUGAAUAUGGCAAUGCUAAGAGUAUUGACUAGUUUGGUUGUCAUAGCUAUGGUGCUUGGGUCAGCCAUGGCUACAGAUUACACUGUGGGAGCUCCUAAUGGUGGAUGGGACCAAACUAGUGAUCUUCAAUCAUGGGUUGCAUCUCAAAAGUUGUUCGUUGGAGAUAAAAUAACUUUUUCAUACGCUCCAAGCCAUACUGUGCUUCAAGUAACAAAGGCUCAAUAUGACUCUUGUGACAACACAAAUCCUAUUGCAAUUUAUAGCGGAGGCAUGACAGUCAUCACUCUAGCUUCUGUAGGCAAGAGAUACUUCAUAUGUGGAACUGGUGGACAUUGUAGCAAUGGAAUGAAACUUGAAGUCAACAUUCUUGCCCCACCAGCCACUCCGCCAACAACUCCACCACCAUCAACUCCCACAGCUCCACCGCCACCAACCCCGGCAACUCCACCACCGUCAACCCCCACAACUCCACCACCGUCAACUCCUACAACUCCACCGCCGUCAAGCCCUGCAACUCCACCAGCAUCAGCCCCUUCCACCACCCCAGUUGCUUCACCUCCCUCCAAGUCUUCAUCAGCACCCUCACCAAAACAUGCACCUAAAAUUUCCCCUGCAUUGUCACCUUCCAAGUCCUCCCUUGCUCACAGCCCUGCAAUGCCUCCUGCUGGCAGUCCAACAGCCCCUACUGUUGAGGACGCUGGAUUGCCCCCUUCUGGCGCUUCUGCACCUACACCAUCUGCCCCGUCAUCAGCUGAUAAAAUCCGUGUCAUUACUGGUUCUACAGUGGGAUUUGGCUUUGCUGUUAUGCUGAUGUUCUUUCUUUAAGCCUUCAAACAAUAUUUGAGGUUGUUGUCAUUUUUUGUUAUAUUGUUGAUUCAAUUCUAUUUUGUACCUGCUUUUCCUCAGUCCUGGUUGUUUGUUCAACACAUUCUAUAUUAUGAAAGUUGCAAAUUAUUUACGGAGAUAGAAUGGACUUUAGCGUUGAAA